AUGCUGGGUCUCGUGGAGACCAAGGUGAUCUCGCUGACGUCCAUGGGGGCGGCCAGCUUGGUGCUGGGCCUGCUGCCGCUGUGGCUGCGCGGGGGGCGGCGCCCUUCGUUCGACGCCGACGACUGCCCGCGGCACGCGGCGGGGGCGGGCCCGCUGCUCACCGCGCUCCUCUCGUUCGGCGCCGGCGCGCUCCUGGCCACCGCGCUGGUGCACAUGCUGGUGGAGGCCAGCGAGGUGUUGCCGCGCGCAGCCCCCGUCGCCCUGCUCAUCGGCUUCCUGGUGCUCUACCUCGUCGACGAGCUGGUGCAGAGGGUGCUUGGGCAUUCCCCGGCCGCGGCGCGCGCGCACCGGGCGCAGCCGCACGCCGCGUGUCCGGUGGACGAGCCGUGCCCGCCCUGCCCCCCAGGCAAGAGCCCGGGGGUGCGUCGGCGGGAUGACUACGGUUCGAUGGACGAGUCUGUGAACAUACAGAGACGUCCGACGGCUGCGGUAGGGACGUCGUCUGUUGAGGAAGUGCAUCUGUUGUCUGGGGCCGAGGCCAAGUCUCCCGCAGACAGCCGCGGCCCGUCCGCAGAGGCCCCAGGGGCCCACCUGGGCGGCGCAGGCACGGCAUCUUGCUGGGGGCUCCUCCUCGCCCUCUGCAUACACUCCGUCAUCGAGGGCCUGGCCGUGGGGCUGGAGGAGACGCCGGGGCAGGUGCUGUUCCUGCUGGGCGCGGUGAGCUCCCACAAGCUGGUCGUGUCCUUCUGCCUGGGCGCCGAGCUGGUUGGCGGCGGCGUGGGGCUGGUCCCGCACCUGGUGGCCGUGCUCGUGUUCGCGCUUGGCUCUGCGGCAGGUGUCGGUGUCGGCAUGAUCCUGUACGCUCUGCCCGGGGCCUCGGACCCGACCUCGGACCCGGUCCUGCUCCCCGCUCUCCAGGCCUCGGCCGCCGGCACGCUCCUCUACGUCACCCUGGCUGAGGUCCUGCCCCGCGAACGCGCCCGGUCACAGCACAAUUUCGGGCGACGGCUGCUGCAGUUCCUGUCGUUCACGGCUGGAGUGGUGGUAAUCACGGUCCUCGUUGUAUAUCUGCCGGAUGGUCACAGUGACAGUUCUGUUGAGCCUUGAAAAAGGCCUCUUCAUUCAGACAUUGAGCAUUUGGGAACAAAAUAAUGAGUGCAUGCAAAGUGAGCCCGCAUACACUUGUUCAAAAACUACAAAACAGCUUUAAAUAGGGAUAUUAACAUCUUUUUAUUUAUUGUUUUCUACUACAUUUAUAAGAAUUCACUUUAAUAAAAUAUUCAAUUUA